ACAUAAUUCACGGAAGUCUCUCAAGCUAGAUGCAGAGGCGUGGUCGCGUCCAAGAUGGAUACUUUUCCAUGAACCAGCGGGGUCUGGGGAGAAGCGAUGCGAACACGAAGGAGGGGCGAAUGUGUGGAUCCGGGGCAGUGUCGCGUGUCUGUGACUCGUCGAGCGAUUGCGCCUUCCUCAUUCACGAGUGGCGCCUAUGGCUGGGCUUUCGAUCGCUUUCCACCAUAUCUUCAUGUCGUCGUCACCGACUGCCAAACCUCCAUGAACACCUCAUGAAGCAUUAUGGUCCAGCCGCUAUUUCCCGCGUUCCCUCAAGACGAUGAUAAAACCGCGCAGCGUCUCAGCGAGCACGAAAUCGAGGCAGAAUCGUCACUUAAACCCGGCGAUAAAAGCGAUGAGGCGCUAAGCGUUCAUCGCGGGGCAAUCCGUGUCCCUUCGCCGAAUCCGUCCCUCAUAUCAAUAGACGACGCAAAUAUUGUACGACUUGGUCGGAAUCCAGACUAUGCUCCUUUAUACCAUGAAAGAUAUGCUUCACGUUCACCAGCCCCUCCGCGCACCCUCAAGGAGAAGAUCCAGACUUCUUGGACGGCGAACAAGGGUUUAGCGUACGUUUUACUUGCUCAGUUCUUUGGAAAUCUGAUGAACGUUACCACGAGGAUAUUGGAAAUGGAAGGAAACAAGGGCAAUGGCUACCAUCCAUUCCAGAUAUUGUUCGCUAGGAUGAGUAUCACGACAGCAUGUGCUUUGUUCUACAUGUGGUAUCGGAAGAUAGAACACUUUCCAUUCGGUAUGAAGGAAGUGCGCUCGUUGCUAGUCGCUCGAGGAUUAUUUGGCUUCUUUGGAGUCUUUGGCAUGUACUAUUCUCUGAUGUACCUGCCUCUGGCCGAUGCUACCGUCAUCACCUUCCUUGCACCGUCUCUCGCUUGCUGGGCGUGCUCCUACUUCAUCAACGAACCCUUUACCAGGAUGGAGCAGAUAGCUGCAUAUAUCUCGCUAUUUGGCGUCGUCCUAAUCGCAAGACCUGUUUCAUUGUUUUCGGCGCUAUCGCAUUCCGGUGACCCGAUCCCUCCUGCCUCGGGUGGCUUAGACGCAAUUCCGUCAAAUACCACUGUAGCUUCACCCGAUCGCCUCGCUGCGGACUAUGAUUCCGUGACACCCACACAACGAGCAGCAGCAGUAGGGGUCGCGAUGUUGGGCGUGAUAGGAUCAACAGGAGCAUACACCACAAUUCGGUGGAUCGGCAAGCGCGCGCAUCCACUCAUAUCCGUCACGUAUUUCGCAACGUGGUGCACCAUCGUUAGUGUUGUGGCAAUGGCCGUCAUGCCAGGCGUUGGCUUCCUACUUCCGAAGGGCGCAAAAGAUUGGUCUUACCUGCUCUUCUUGGGUAUCUGUGGAUUCGUCAUGCAAUUCCUCCUAGCCGCCGGUCUCCAAUACGAGAAGUCUUCUCGCGCAACGAACAUGAUCUAUAUGCAGAUGUUCUUCGCACUUGGAUUCGACAAGCUGAUCUGGGGUACAACGCCGAGUGCCUUGUCCAUAGUUGGAUCGUCCCUCAUUCUAGGUUCGGCCAUAUACGUUGCGAUGAACAAAGAGGAGCCAAAGAAGAUAGUUGAGCCAACGGCUAGAGGAGAUAGCGAAGAAGAAAGGGGGUUGAUGUCGCCAGUCUUUGACGCCGAACGAAGAGACGAUGAAGACGCCGAUAUUGCUAUGAGGCCGCUGAGAUGAUGAACCGACGUUCGCAUUUGGCGUCGCACAGGACCGCUGGUGCGCUCAGAAUAUAGAAUGCUAGACUGCUUUGCAUGAACAUAGAUAGAAACGUAGAACAUAGACGCUUCGCGAAAUCAUUUCUUGUAGUUGUCUGAAACUAUUACACGACUAUCAU